AUGCCACACCUGAACCAAGGAAAAUUAAGAGUUCGUUUAGUUUCAGUUUUGGAGAGAACACCCAGGUCCACUGUCACGCGUCAUUCGCGGCGCGAUCGCGGUGUCGCUACCGCGAUCCCUAUGAUAUCCUUUCGCGGCGCGAUCGCGAUGAAAUCUUAUAUUCGCGUCGCGAUCGCUAUAAUAUGGCGAAGUCGCGGCGUGAUCUUGAUCGAUUCUUAUUUUAAAAAGAAUUUUUUCUUAAGAGUCGCUGCGCGAUAUGUAAUCGCGUCGCGAUCGCUAUAAUGUCGCGAAGUCACGACGGGACUCUGAAUUCUGCAUCAAUUCGAUUCAGAUAGAUUUCGAAUUCAUAUGGGUUUUUAUUUAGCGCAAUCACUACCAUAUCGCUAUUUCGCGACGCGACUCACGUCAAGGGAUUUUGUUGAUGGAUAUAGUUAGUCAUUUUCUUGAAUUACAAGAACGCAAAACAAUUCUUUUUCUCUUAUUUCAAAGUGAGAAUUUAUGUUUCGUAUAUACGAGUAGAUAGUCCACAUUCUGUCUAUAACAUAAAUAGUAUACUAUAUGUCUAGACACAUAGACACAUGUGUGAUCGAAGAUAUGCGUUUUUGUUAUUCUCAUUUUAAAUGAGAUAUACAAAAAAAAUCAGUGUCCAUAUUAUACACAAGACACUUUGUAUUUUCUUAACAUAGUGUGCGGACUAUUUUUAUACUCGAAUUUUGUGCAGUUUGUAUCUGUUUUUUUCACUUUUUCAAAAGGGAAUUACAUGAAAAAACAAGUAGUAUACAAAGUAAGUACACAGCAAUUUCAACGAACGAAAGAGUAUGGAAAUAUAAAUCCUUUCCACUUUUCUUGUCACAAAGUCGAAAUCUUUUUUUUUUAACUAUUUUGGGUACCAAAACGCUCUCUUUCACAAAACGUAUGAGAUCUAGGGACUUCCACUAUGUAUAACUUUGUUAAAUAUGUUAACUUCGCAAGGUCUCAGAAUAAAAUUGCACUAAAGUGAGAAAAGCAUUAAAGGUUGAUGUCAUCGCAAUCGUGAGUAUCCUCGGUGUAAGAUCGCUUUGUCGUUGGUGACUUUCAGGAUGUAGCGAGUAUCAUUUCGGUCCUGUUUGACGCAGAGAGGAUUGGGGCUAAGCCAUUCCGC